AUGGCAGGCGAAGUGUUGGUUGAUGAUUUAGACAGGACUGCUAUAAUAAAGGCUGUGGGAUUUCUUUAUAAGCAAGAGGACCUUAUUUCUGGAGACUUGAAGGAUGAGAUCGGGCCUCGUACAAUCGGGCAUUGCCUCUAUUUCCUUGGCCGGGGAAAAAAAAAAAACCAAACAGUUCUGGGCGCAAGCGCGCUGGUACUGACCGUCCAGGACAGCGCGGGGCCGGGUUCUCCGGGGACCGGCGGGUGGGUUCGCCCCGCCCCCAGGCGCGCCGACGUCACGGCGCGCCCGACGCUCUCCCGGAAGCGCCGCCGAACGAGCAAGCGGCGGGGGCGUGUCCGCAGGUGUGUCCGCGUGGAGUGGCCUCAGGAACGCGCCAAGUUGGGCCCGAGAGCGGUGGCGCCUGCGGCCGUGCCCGUCCCGCGCUGGCCCCGGCCCGGUGACCCGGCGAGAUUUGUUUCCGGCCUUCGGCGUGACCCCAUGGAAGUCGGGGAGGCCGCCGCGGCUCCGCCGGACCUGCCGACAUGCAACGGCCUCGGCGUGGGGGCUGACCAAGGUCAGGCGGGGGCGUCCCCGGACCCGAUUCCUGACCCGGAUCCCACACCGCAGCUGCAGGCCGCAGGGGAGGGGCUGGACACCGGGCAGGCCCCGGGGUGCACGCAGCUCGCGCCUCUCACCGGUGUCCCCGGCGAGACCUGCGUCAUCCACCCUGGCUCCCCGCGAGUGCCACGUCCCGCGGCGCCCUUGGACACCUCGGAUUCGGAUUCGGACUCGGACAGUGAAACAGAUUCAGAUAGCUCAAGCUCCUCCUCUUCCUCCUCCUCUUCGUCAUCUUCCUCCUCCCACAUGUCACUUCCGCUAGCGCUGUCAGAUGGAGAGGAUGACUUACAAGUUGAGAAGGAAAAUAAGACUUUUCCUCUAAAGACAAAAGAUGAGUUACUUCUUAAUGAACUACCUUCUGUUGAAGAGCUCACUAUUAUACUGCCUGAAGACAUUGAAUUACAGCCUCUUGGGACGGUUUCAAGUAUUAUCGAACAAUUAGUAAUAAUUGAAUCUAAGACUAACCUUCCUCCAGUUAAUGAGGAGACUGUAAUUUUUAAAAGUGAUCGACAGGCAGCAGGAAAGAUAUUCGAGAUAUUUGGUCCUGUUGCACAUCCAUUUUAUGUGUUACGGUUUAACUCUUCAGAGCACAUUGAGAGUAAAGGUAUAAAAAUAAAGGAUACUAUGUAUUUUGCUCCAUCAACAAAAGAUUUUACUCAAUAUAUAUUCACAGAAAAACUUAAACAGGAUAGAGGAUCAGAUGCAUCGUGGAAGAAUGAUCAGGAGCCACCACCAGAGGCCUUAGACUUUAGUGACGAUGAAAAGGAGAAAGAAGCCAAACAAAGGAAAAAAUCUCAGGUUCAAGGCAGGAAAAAAUUCAGAACGGAAUUUAAUGAAUCAGGUGAAGACAACUCAGAAGUCCAUCAGAACUUGAACGCUCGUGGCUCGCCUGCAGAGCACCCCAAAGGAUUUCACAACCGAGACUUCACACAAGGAUUUUUCCAGGGUAGAUACCCUCAACCUUGCCACGGCAGGCCCCCAACUCAACAGUUUUACAGCUCGGAGCAGAUGGUAUCUCAGGACACUUCCGGGUUUGCAAAUCCGAGUCAAGAGAACCCCAUUCUGCCACAAUACCCCUUCCCCCUGCCUGUGUUUGACCUGCACAGGUUUCCCUUCCCCCCACCGCCCCCUCCCCCACCCCCUUUCCCGCCUGCAUCUGGAAACAUGGUGUGGCCGGCACCUAACCUGGCCACCCAUCCACUACUCCCCUUACCUUACUCCUUGCCCCCGCCGCCUCCCCCUCCACCCCUGCCUCCGCCUCCAUCUGCUGGGGAGAGCAAUUGUCAUUUUGGGCCUUACUAUUAGGUAUAUAUAUACAUUUCUAGAGAAAUGUAGGCUUUUUAUAUUAUUUGGGACAGGGUUUUUCUUGUUUUGUUUUGUUUUUUCUAUUUUAAGAAAGGAAUUAUGGAGCUAGAUUUUUAAAAGACUGAACGGUAGACUCCUUCAGAUGUAAACUGGUAUAUAUUUGUUACAUUUGUGAAAUUGUAUCUGUACAAAAAUCUCACUUUAAAUUCCUAGAGGGAAAGAUCCCACUAUGUAAUAUUUAAAACUGUGAAUCAUCCCUCCUCGAUGAAAUAAUAUAUAUUGGUAUAAUACAAAGAUAUUGAGCAACUUUUAUCAUGGGUUAAACAUAAUAUCUUCUUAAACAUACUGUCCGUUGACUGUCUUCUUGGCAUUCUAAAGUAGGGUGACAAUAUAUCAGCAUCCUAUGUACAGUCAAAUAAACUUAUUUUUAUAAACUUACACUUUGGAAAAUUAUUUUGAUAAUAAAUGUGAUUUGUCCAUGAAUAUAAAUGCCCUAUUUUUGUUUGCUUUGACUGGGAACUACAUAUGGCAGCACUCAAGGGUUACUUCUGUGUCUGUGCUAGGGGGUCACUUCUGAAGGUACUUGGAGAACCAGGUGCUAGGGGCUCGAACCCAGGUCUCCCACAUACAG